AUGUGCCAGUCUCUGCUGCUGGGCAAUAGCGCUCGUGGUACUUCAUGCGAUGCAAGCCUCGACCAGGCCAAUUGCGUCGCGAGUUCGACGCCGCGCGCCAAUGAGUCUUUCGUCCUGCGCUGCGGCCCUGUCGACCUAGUCUUCUCCGCCUGGAGCCAUCAGGAACCACCGCAGCCUUUCAUCUUCAACGGAGAGGCCUGCCUGGCCCUCAGACCCUCGGUGCCCCACCGCCCCGGGCGCUAUGUUGAGGAUUUUGGUGCUUGGACUGCCAGGAACAGACGCCGCUCGCCCAUUUGCUGCCAGGCCUUGCGUCCAAUCGCCGCUUCGCUCUGCCCGGACGGCCUCUGGCGGCAUGCAAUAGGACGAUGGCAUCCCAGGCCGCGUUUUCAUGCGCAUGCGGCGCAGCUCCAGCGAAAGCGCAGUGCCACUGAUCUCCCCAAAGCUUCUGGGGACCCUGGUCUGGACGACUUGCCAGUGCAUGGGCAGCGCACUGCCUCCGAUCGGCCACAAUUGACCGCCGCCCAAGCCCGCAGAACAUCAUUUUCUCUGCUCUGCGCAUCUUGCAGUGGGGAGGGCAGAAUGGGUCGCCAGACGCCCUAA